GCCGGGGGUAGGAGGAGCCGGGGCUGGAUCGCGGCGGCGGAGCCCCCAAAGUUUGCUCUGCCGGCGAAGGGCGGCCCUCGUCCCUCGUCCCGCCGCUUCCGGGGCUCCGCCGGGGCGGGCGGAGCGGAGCGGGCCGGGCCGGGCCGGGCCGGCGGGAGCCCGGUGGGAAAGGGGAGGGCGGGCGGCAGGGCGCCUUCAGGACGGGCCGCGAUGAAGAAGCCGGACGGGAAGGUGGUGCUGCUGGGGGACAUGAACGUGGGCAAGACCUCCCUGCUGCACCGCUACAUGGAGCGGCGCUUCCAGGAGACGGUCAGCACCGUCGGCGGCGCCUUCUACCUCAAGCAGUGGGGGCCGUACAACAUCUCCAUCUGGGACACGGCGGGACGAGAGCAGUUUCAUGGCCUCGGGUCUAUGUACUGCAGAGGAGCAGCUGCUGUGAUCCUCACGUAUGAUGUGAACAGCCUCCAAAGCCUGACAGAGCUGGAAGAAAGAUUCUUGGCCCUGACAGACAGUGCAAGUGCUGACUGCAUUUUUGCUAUUGUUGGAAAUAAAGUUGACCUCACCGAUGACUCUGCUUUACCACCGGAUGAAAAUAGACCCGAGAAGUCUGUUGCCAGUUGUGGCUCGAAGGUGCGAAAACAAGUCCGUGCAGAGGAUGCGAUUGCACUCUAUAAAAAGAUAUUGAAGUACAAAAUGCUAGAUGAAAAGGAUGUUCCAGCAGCUGAGAAAAUGUGCUUUGAGACCAGCGCAAAAACAGGAUACAAGGUGGACUACCUCUUUGAAACUGUGUUUGAGAUGGUAGUCCCAAUAAUUGUACGGCAGAAAGCCGAGGGGCCACCGCAGACUGUAGACAUUACUGACUACAAGCCAGCAAAAAGGACAAAAUCUGGUUGCUGUGCCUGAACCAGUUCCAUGGCAUAAGAGGAGGGAUUUUUUGCUCUGGCAAACUGAGGAGUAACAAGUGCUUGCAGUUCACCAGAAAGGCAAAGUCAAAGAAUAAAUAGACUAAAAUGGUAUAUGUGGAAAAAACAAAACAAACAAACACCCCACAAAAAAACACCAAAAAACAAAACAAACCCCAAACCAAAAAACACCAAAAAACAAAUCACCUGACCCUCAAAGGUUUCUGGGAAGCUCUGUGUAUGAAAAUGGGAACGUGAGUGAAAUUAUGGAGGAAGAUUUGUCAGUUUGUGGGCUCUGAAGACAAAUGGUGUGUUAGUACAAUUGGUAGCGACAAUCAUUUGAACAGUUUUGAAGGAGUCUGAUUUAUGAUGACUUGCGAUUCCAUGUUGUAUGUAAAUGAUCUGUUUGUGUACUCUUGACAGCUUUCACAUGAUUAUCAUCUUUGCUCUUGCAAUUCUAACUUUGGAAGAUUGAACACACGGUACUUUUUUAUUCUUAAGGAAAAAAAAGAAAAUCCAGGUAUAAAUUAUAUUUGCAGCUAAUAAAUCAGUUACAAUCUUUUUAUGUCAGAUAUGACAGUGUAAGAUUCAGCAGCUGAACUAUUAAAAUCACUGUGGAUACA